GUCUAUGCGACUUGAAUUGAACUCAAAUGUAAUUUCUUUAUUUAAAUUAUUUAAUGCGCGUUGGCGCGCUCUUUGUCAUAUGAUAAAGCAGUUUGCAUUUCUUUUUCUUUUGAGGCGUCUGCACAAUUGGAGUUGAGCUUCUCUUUUUUAUCGUCAGCUGCAGCUCCGACCCAUUUUGCAUACGAACUCAUUCAGUGUCCGGUCGGUCAGUGAAGGUCACUUGAAUUUGCAUUUUGUAAAGCUGAGCAGACAUGCGCAUGCAAUUUACAAUGCAGUGCAACAGAAUAAUAAUAUUGAAAAUACCAAAAAUAAAUAAAUAUCAACAAUCAACUAUGCACAAUUAAAUUUUUGUUUAUAAUCACCCUUGUAGUAUUGAUUAGUAAUUCUUAUUGAUUAGUAACGGCUUAGGCUUAAAUGUCAAAUAAAAAUGUUGAUCAACAAUAUAAACAUUUAGUAAGUCAGUGUCGCAACUGAAGAUGCCUCCAAUCGCGUUGACUUUGCUGCUGCUGCUGCUCCUACAGCUCGGUCUGAGUUCAAGUGCGCCGCCCCAGGAGUUGCUGCUGUGCUCAGCAGACUUGGGCUGUCUGCAGGGCAGCUACAUGGCAGGACAUCAGAUCGAACGCUUUGCUGCCUUUAUGGGCAUACCCUAUGCCGAGCCACCUGUGGGCAAUCUGCGUUUCAUGAACCCAGUGCCUGCGUCCAAGCUCAGUGGCAUACAUAAUGCCAGCUAUGCGCGCAUGGAUUGCAUACAAAAGAACUUUUUAAUGCCUAUACCUUCGGUCUAUGGCGUGGAGGACUGUCUUUAUCUCAAUGUGUAUCGUCCUGCUGAGCUGAACGACGCUAAGCUGCCUGUUAUGGUUUAUAUACAUGGUGGUGGCUUCUUUAGCGGCUCUGCGCAUCCGCUUGUGACAGGACCAGAGUUUCUAAUGGAAGAGCAAAUAGUUUUGGUUACGCUGUCCUAUAGACUAGGCGCCUUGGGUUUCCUUUCCACACACGAUGCAGCCAUAAGCGGCAACUUUGGGUUGAAGGAUCAGCGCUUGGCGCUGCGUUGGGUACAACAGCACAUUGAACUCUUUGGCGGCGAUGCACAGCGCGUCACUAUCUUUGGUCAAAGCGCAGGUGGCGUUGCUACUCAUCUGCAUAUGCUGACGACCCAAACGGAGCAGCUUUUUCAGCAUGUCAUCAGCAUGAGCGGCACGGCCAAUGUGCCCUUUGCCAUCAAUCCUCUACCCCUGCUGCAGACGCGUAAAGUGGCAGAGCUGUGCCACGUGAAGAAUGCGCAGAGCUUGAGCACCAAACAAUUGGCGCAAGCGCUGCGUGAAGUGGAUGUGGAGACGCUGAUGAAUGCGGGCGAUGGGCUCAAGUUCUGGCAUGUGCAUCAUAUGACCAACUAUCGCCCAGUGGUGGAGCGUGGCGGUCAGGAUGCAUUUCUGCGACAGCAUCCCAAGCAAUUAAUAGCCCAGGCGGACUAUAAAAAGUUGCCGCUUCUGCUGGGCACUGUGCCCCAGGAGGGCGCCGUGGCUGUGGUCAACAUAAUGGAGAAUGAACUUUUGCGCGCCGACUUCAAUGCAAACUUUGAUGAGCUGCUGGAAAUGUUAUUGGAGUUUCCAGCGUAUGUAACUGCAGCAGCGCGCAAGCAGCGUCUCGAAUUGAUCAUUGAGAAAUAUUUUAAUAAGCAGCAUGAACUAAAUGGCAGCACAAGCAAAGCAUUUAUGAAUCUCAUUACAGAUCGCGGCUUCAAGCAGCCGCUCUACAAAUUCCUUUGGGACUAUGUCAAGAGCGUAGAUACGCAGCAGCAUCCGCUCUAUAUGUACAGCUUUAAUUUUAAAGGCUCACGCAGCUAUGCGGAGCUCUACACUGCACAAAAUGUCACUGGCAAAUACAAUGUCGUACACUGUGACGAUUUGUUGUACUUGUUCAACAGUCCGCUUUACUUUCCGCAACGCGUCUACGACAAAGUGGAGCUGCAAGUUAUUAAAGCCCUGGUGCAGUACUUUGUGCAUUUUGCCAAAUUUGGCGCGCCGCUUGGACAUGAUUCAUUGUCAGCCUGCACAGCUGCCGUGCUAAAGUCACGAACCAAAGGUAUUUGCGAUUACCACAUGUUUAGAAAUGCGCCUGGCUCCGAGCAGGGCUUCCAGUUGACGGUGGAGCAAGCUUAUCGUGUUAAGAGCGCACGCUUUAUAGGCAGCAUGGUGAGCGAAAGCAGAGCUUAGCUAACUCUGCGGUAACCGACUACAUUACUAGUAUUAUAGUUUAAUAUAAACAUUGUUAUAAGUUAUUUGAAUAAAUGUA